AUAAACGCGAUCGUUUUAAUGUUUAAUACUUUAUUUCGACAAGUCGCAUCGUGUACUUAGCCAAGAUUAAUAUCAUUGUUUGCAGAAAUUCAAUGUAAGCAUAGUGGUUCCUGCGUAAAGAUCGAUCCAUUUUUUAAGGUCAAAUUCUAAUUUAAGCCAAAACUAUUGUGUUCUUGAACUCAUUUGUAUUCGCUCAUCUAAACACUCCCACCAGCUAUUUAUAUACUUAAUACAUGUACGUGCUGUACAAUAUCCUGUAUCGUGCACAUUUACUGCGCACCGCAUUACACAAUCCGCCACCGUGAUCAACACUUUUUUAGGUAUUACACCUUGUAUUAAUUAUGUGUCUUGAACAAAUACAAAACGCCUGAAAGCAUUUUAGGCUCUUACCUAAUGUUCAGGGGAUAAGUUUGUUUACAAGCGGCUGGUGUAGUUGCGAUGGACAGUAGUAUAGUCUGCAAAAUGUAGCGUCUCGUCGGCAACGUGGGCGGCGCGGGCACCACCACAAAAACACGCCGCCCCGCGCCGCACUAGGCCAGGCGGCGGGCAGACAAGGGGCCGAGGAGGAGCGGUGCAGUGCUCUCGCUGGCACAUAGCCAUUGGAACGCGGUCAUACACCAAAACACACAGAUUUCUUGUGAAAAAAUAACGUGUUGAUAGUCGGAUCUCGACGACGCGCCGGCUCCACACGUGGCCGCGGGUUCGAGCCCGCACCGGCGCGGCGCGUUCUGUUCACUGGUUUCAGAUUUUUUGAAGUGAGUGAGUGAGUGAGAGUUUCGGUCACGCGGCCGCAGCGCCGGUCGGCCGUUGUGUUCUGUGUGAAUUUUCACAUCGGUGUAAUUAAAUUAGGUCGUGCAUAAUUCAUUUUGUGAGAAUCUAUUCGUGUGAGAAUCUAUCGGUGAUCCAGCAUAUGGGGCGCUGGCGCUGGUGUGCGUCCGCGCACUCGCACACACAGGACGUCUGCAGUACCUUAGAAACUUACCCAUCUCAGGUUCACCGCAAUGCCCGAGAGCUAGUGAACUGACAUCCUAACACAAGUACGUGAAGUUUCCAGUGACGGCUAUGGACGCAGUAUACCCUUCGUCCGCGUCGGCGCUGGCGCGCGGUCGCCGCCUUCGCCGCGCCGAUCCUCGCCAGAGGCACCACACCACACCCGUCACCUUUGCUGAGAUAAAGGAGGUGGACGAGGAGAACGAGGAGGUGCGGCUGGAGGAGCACGCGGCGGCGCGGGGCGAGGUGCGGGGUGAGGCGGGCGAGGCGCGCCGUCGCCGGCCCGACCUGCUCGAGGAGCGGCUCGGCCGUCAGUUCGCCGAGUUCCGACGACGGCGCGCGAGACCCGACGCACUGCGCGAGCGCGAGCCGGACUCGCCGCCGCCCGCCGCCCCCGCGCCCCCCGCCGCGCCCGCGGAGCUCGCGCGCGCCGGCAGCGAGCCCGCCGACUGUCGCGCCCGCCCCGUCGACACCUGACUCGGGUGUACUAAACGGAAGCACGGAAUCGAGUCACAAGUCAGCAGUACUGCAUUUUGACGUCAACUUUAGUAUUUGUUUUCCGUUCGGAGUCGCCGACGAUCAGUGUUGUAGACAAUACGACGUAGUGCUAGCGGAUAACAUUUGAUACGCUAAAGCGCGGGACUUGUAUGUUGACUGAUGCCCUUUAAUAGCGUCAGUCAAUAUAUUAUGUCGAGCAACCCUCCCAGAGUGUACAGUUAGAUGUGACAGAUAAUCAUACUAUUACUUACUUGGCGCGCGUCACUCUAGUCAACUACGAAUUACUUAAUUGCUCUAUUGUAGCCACUAUCAUAUUUAUAUUGUGAUUGUCGUGUACAGAAUACUCGUGUCCAUUAAGGUCAAAGGAUCACGGAUGCUCUAAGUACCGUGUGCGUUUUGGGCCUAGUAUUAGGAUCAGGUGAAGUUUUACUGUUUUGUAUAAUUGUCGUUACACAAAGCUUUCACCAGGUUAAUGUUAUUGUAUUUAUAUUUUAUUGUUUGGGAUAAUGUUGAAUUAAAUGAGUCCACACGAUC